GCUGCGACUGGCGUAAUGCGGUGCUACAAUUAGAACUAGAACUGGUUUCUGGCAGAGUUUGGUCACAGCUGAUAUGUGUCAACGAUGUACAUCCCUUGAACGUGAAUAUAGACAGUACAGCUCUGCUCCACACAGCUUCAUCGUUCACGCAGACAGAAGCAUCAUCACAGGUCCAGGAAGAAAUAAGGAGGUCAAGAAGGGGAAGAAGAAGAUCCUCCAGGACAUAGUAAAGAAAGUGUCAGCACUCAGGAACACGCUUGGGGGACAUCUGCUGGUUCACCUACACGGACAAAAGGAGGGAGACAAGUAUCUGGAGUACUUCCAUGAGUUUGUGGACAAAACUCUACAGGACCUGAUUGAGUGUGGAUCUUCCUAUGUGGACACAUAUCACACUACAUGGUUAAAUGAGAUACCAUGCUUUGAAACCUUUAAAGAUGUUUUAUUGAUAAAUGUAGCUCUCACAUGUGGAAUUUCGACGGCAAAUGUUAACACAAAGAUAUGCAAUGACUUUGAAAACACAAGCCCUACAACAUUUAAUUUAGUUUACUUGCUGGCACAUUCUCAAUACGAGGCAUCACGUGGUGUACCUGCUUUAAAGGGAAUUGAUCAAGACAAGCUGCAGCUGUACCAAGAAUCUCAGAAUGUUGAACUGAAACUGUUCUGUCCAAAGAAUGACAUCUCACAUGUGCAGUAUAUUUGGGAAGAUCUUAAACUCAAGGACAAUAUAACGUCGAUGUCUAAAGUUCCUGGUGGAGGGUCAUAUUAUGUGGGAGUAGAGGAAAGAGUGGUCACAGAGAGCGGUUACAAGACUAAAGUACCCCAUUUUGUCGGUUUUCAGGUUGAUAAUCCAGAAGAACUUAAGGAAGGUCUGCACAUCAUGGUAAACAAGGAACUUUGUGUGUUAUCUUUCACUGGUGAAUUUGGUGACCCACCGUCUGAUCUUGUCCAAAUAGGAAUCCAUAGACUCCCUGGCGUAGGGAACAAGUGUGUACUUGAAGUAGCAGUGAGGUUCUUUGGUGGGAUUGUCUUCUGUGACAAACAGGGGCCAAUAAUUUAUGAAAUACAGAAUCAUGGUAUAUGCAGAAUGGAAAGGACUGAGUGGCUACGAAGAAUCCUGCAGCUCCCUUCGUGGAAAGUGAUACAAACAAAUGAGGUGGAGACUGAGAGUGAACACAAUCUAAACACACAGAACAUAAUCUAUUCCCGUACAUAAAAGACGUGCAGUGAAUACAGUGACUGUUUUCUUAUUUUAUGCAAGCCUUUAUUGCAAAUAUAUUUAGUUAUGCAUGGUACCUAUCAUUAAGUUGGAACAGAUAGUGACUGGCUUGACACUUGGAUUUCAAUAUUUGUAAGAGAAUACAACAAAAUUUGACUUAACUGUGUGUUUUGUGUCUUUUGGAAAAAAACUUUAUCAUAUAAAUCAAAGAGCGCUAUCACACAGAAGUCAGAAUGUCGUCCACCGAGAGUGAAGAUUCGGAUUUGUCCAGCACCUACAGCUCUGACGGGGAGGUCCAACACUCCAUCACCAGACCACAGAGGACACCAGGGCUCAAGUAUCUGGACUUUGAUGAUGUGGACUUUUCCUAUGCAGUAUUUGACACACAAGACAGUAAGUUAAG